CGUGAGUGUAUCUCUAUUCAUGUCGGCCAGGCUGGUGUCCAGAUGGGCAAUGCCUGUUGGGAGUUGUGCUGUUUGGAACAUGGUAUCCAGCCCGAUGGUCAAAUGCCCUCAGAUAAAACUAUUGGAGGUGGAGACGAUUCCUUCAAUACUUUCUUCAGCGAGACUGGAGCUGGUAAACAUGUACCGAGGGCCGUGUUUGUAGACCUGGAACCUACAGUUGUUGGAACGUACACCAACUUGAACCGUUUGAUUGCCCAGAUCGUUAGCUCAGUCACCGCUUCCCUGAGAUUUGACGGUGCCCUGAAUGUCGACUUGACAGAGUUCCAGACUAACUUGGUACCCUACCCACGUAUACAUUUUCCUCUUGCCACUUAUGCUCCAGUUAUUUCUGCUGAAAAGGCUUAUCAUGAACAACUCUCUGUUGCUGAAAUCACUAAUGCGUGUUUUGAACCAGCCAACCAGAUGGUAAAAUGUGAUCCACGUCACGGUAAAUACAUGGCCUGUUGCAUGUUGUACCGAGGUGACGUUGUUCCUAAAGAUGUCAAUGCCGCCAUCGCUACCAUCAAGACCAAGCGAACCAUCCAAUUUGUUGACUGGUGUCCAACUGGUUUUAAAGUUGGCAUCAACUACCAACCACCAACUGUUGUACCAGGAGGUGACUUGGCUAAGGUACAAAGAGCUGUUUGUAUGUUGAGUAAUACCACUGCUAUUGCUGAAGCCUGGGCUCGUCUGGAUCACAAAUUUGAUUUGAUGUACGCCAAGAGAGCUUUCGUCCACUGGUAUGUUGGUGAAGGUAUGGAAGAAGGCGAAUUCUCGGAAGCUAGAGAAGAUUUGGCUGCUUUAGAGAAGGAUUAUGAAGAAGUUGGUUGUGAUUCUGUUGACGGAGAGGGAGAAGAAGAAGUUGGUGGCGAAGAAUAUUAG